AUGGAAAACAAGAAAAAUCAAACAAUGAAUUGCUCUUCUGCGGGGCAAGCUCUUCUCGAACAAACGCGAUAUGGAGUGAGCUUGAGUCCUUCCUAUAACAGUAGAUGGUCAACGCCAUCGGACAUUCUCUUUCAAAAGUUUCACACUAGCCCCAAUGUUCCUAAGAAAAUGGAUGAUAUAAUUCAAUCUUUUUCUAAUAUAGACGCGAAACUUACCGAGCUUUCAAAAUUGGUAUUACCAAUUGCGCUUCAGACAGGAAGUGCAAUUGAUUUGGAGCAAAUUCAGACGCUUUUUAAAAAUAAUUGGGUGUUAAAUGAUCCCAAAUAUAUAAAAUUCGAAGCCUUCGUUGAUCAUUUGAAACAUAGUCUUUUGGAUCUUCAGAAUGGCAAGCAGGAUACGUUCAGUCAAUCGCUUGAGAACGACCCAUCAAUGACCGCCGCCUCUAAUGCGUGCAGGGAAAAAAAUCCCGAAACAAAUCAUUUUCCUUCAGAGUCUUCACAACGCCGGCAGUCUGCCAAUCUAAAAGUUGAUGACUUGGCUACUGUAACUUACAUGCUUAGCCAGCUCAUAUUGGAGUACGGUCGUUUAAGUAACUGGAACCACUCGAGAGACGCAACAGUAUUUGAGUUUGUGUCAUGUUUUGCCAGAGAAAUUGAUAAAUUCCGUAAAUCUAUAAAUUAUAGUAUCAUUCACACGAAGGAAAGAUAUCUAAGUCUGGAAGUCGAAAUUUCUCAAAGGAACAAAGACAUGAUUGUUACAAAAGAAUCUCUGUUUCAGACGGAAAAGACACUUGCUUCUAAAGAAAAGAGAUUAAAGGAUCGUCAAAUUGAGAUGCGGGCUCUUCAACGAAAAAUUGAAAGUUUAAGAAACCUAAACUGGGGCCUUACCUCCAGGGUAAAUCAGCUCAUAAAGGAAAGUGAAGAACAUCAACAAUCAUCCGAAGCUGUCCUGAAAAACUAUGGUAGUUUGAAGCAAGAAUCAGAACAGUGGUUAAGGAAUAAGGAAAAUGAAAGCACGAAAUUGACAGAGUUGACAACCCUAGUGAGGAUUUUAGAAGACGAGAAAACAAGUAAUUUGAAAAAAGAGGAUGAGCUUCGAGAAACACUCAUUGAACGUGAGAAGGAUGUGGAACAGCUGAAGACCUCACUUAAUUAUGAAAAGGAUUCGAAAGCUUGUUUAGCUAUGCAGUUAGAACAACUUCAUUUACAAAUUUCGCAAUUAAACAAGGAUAUUCGUCUAAAGGACGGCGAACUUUCAGAAGCAAAAACGUCUUUGAGCUCAAAAACUCGUUAUAUUGAUGAUAUUAAGGAAGAAUUGAGCAAGCAAAAAGCUGAUUAUAUUUUUCAAGUAAAUGCAAAUAAACAGAGAUAUGAUCUGUUACAUGAGAGUUUCCAAAAGGAAAGUCAAGAGAAGUCCGACCUGCAUUUUCAGAACCAAUCUUUGCAUAAUGAAUUUAAUCUUCUUCAAAAUGAAAUUGAACAGCGCGACUUUGAAAUAUCAAAACUCAAUGACCUAUUAAAUAAGGAUGAAACACGAAGAGAUGAAACCACUGAGAAAUUAAACCGCUUAUGUCGAGAGAAAACUGAUUUAAUGUCCAAACUGCAGGUUCAGAAACAUGCCUACGAACUUCAAAAGGAGAAGUAUGAAAAAGUGUUAAAAGAACUUAACCUUAAAACUCAGGGUGAAACUGAAUUUAAAAGAGAAAAGAGCCGGUUAGUCUCCGAAUUGGCCUGGAUUAAAUCAGAAAAGGAAACAAUGACUUGCGAAAUUGCCGACAGUGCAAAGAAGCAAACAGUGUUCGAGGAGCAAGUUGAGGAACUAAAAAAUGAGCUUUCAAACCUGCAGUCUAAGCAUCAAGAAGUGCUUAUUAAUUACAAUACACUAAUGAAUUCAUCAGAGGCAUUGCAAAAACAAAUGAAGGACCAAUCCGUGUUUCAAAGAGAAAUUGAGAACCUCAAUCAGCAAAAGGAUACCCUACAACGAUUUUUACUUUUUUCAGCCCAAUGUUUUGAGUUGGACAUUACUGUAGAUGUGAAUGAGUUUUUCAGGGAUCUCAAAUCUGGCAUGAAAUGUUUCCAGUUACUAUAUAAUAUGUAUAAAAGGUUAUGUAAACAGUGCGAUCUUCCUUUUAUAAUGAAUAGCAAGCAACUGAACGAAAAAGAAUUGACCAGAGACAUUCGGAUGCUGUCAGCAAAGGUUAGCACUUUACGGGAGUUGUAUGUUCAGAAAUCCAAGGAAGUAAAGAAGUACGACUUAGCAUUAAAAGCUUUUAUUGAUGAAAAAGCCUUGCUGGCUAACACAGUUGCAACAAGCCUUGAGUCUCCAUUGCAAGGAAUGGAAAACAAAAUGACAAAUCAUGAAAGCCGAGUUAGUCAAUUGAUUAAAAGCUUUGAUACACCCCGAGCCUCCCCGACUAAGCAAUCCUCGUUAGAAUCGAUGCUGAAAUCCCCUCCCUCGUACGAAGAGUCGACAAAAGUUCAAGCCGAGCAGCUAUCGAAUGAUCAUAGGCCAGGAGCCAUCGCAAUUAAUCAAACAAUAUUAAGGGAAAACAGACUUUUGAGAGACUUAGUGGAUCGCCUCAAUAAAGUUACUGGAAACGCUUCAUAUGUUGAUAUGGACAUGCAUAUGGGAGUGGAAUGUCUGACAUACAAAUCUCUAGAAGCAGCCUUUGAAACCCUUUCCGAUAGCAAGCGUACUCUUCUAGUCGAUCUUGCGGAAACGAAAAACCAGUUGGAAGAAGUAGACAGCAAGUAUCGUAAUUUACGACUGGUUUUAAAUGAAGAAUCCCCUUCCAAUGUGGACCACAUCAUAGAUAAUACUUCACCGCAUAGUGAGCAUGUUGACAGCGAAGUUCUAAUUCGAAAGUGCCAAGAACAGCUACUAGAAGAGCUACGCAACGUUCGUAACUUGGAGACGUUAUUGGCGGAAGAAAGAUUCAAUUCCAAUGAACUUUGUAUUCAGUUACAGAGGCAGCAUGAAGAGCUGCAAGUUUACAAGUGCAAAGGGAAAGUGGAGUAA